AUGGCCGCACCACCAGCAAUGGCACGAGCAGAUUAUGAUUACCUCGUAAAGCUCCUCUUGAUCGGCGAUAGCGGUGUUGGUAAGAGUUGCCUUAUUUCGCGUUUUUCUGAUGGUUCCUUUACCACAAAUUAUAUCAGCACCAUUGGGAUUGAUUUUAAAACACGGACCAUUGAGCUCGAGGGAAAAAGGAUCAAACUUAAAGUCUGGGAUACGGCUGGUCAGGAACGAUUCAAAUCAAUCACUACUGCUUACUAUCGUGGAGCCAUGGGCAUAUUGUUGGUUUAUGAUGUUACCGAUGAAUCUUCAUUUAACAACAUUAGGAACUGGAUUCGUAGCAUUGAGCAGCAUGGUUCAGACAAUGUCAAUAAAAUCCUUGUUGGAAACAAGGCUGACAUGGAUGAAAGUAAAAGGGUUGUCCCGACUUCUACCGGCCAAGCACUUGCUGAUGAGUAUGGGAUUAAAUUUUUUGAAACUAGUGCAAAAACAACUCUUAACGUGGAACAAGUUUUCUUCUCAAUAGCAAAUGAAAUAAAGCAAAGGCUUUCAGACACAGACUUCAGAGUAGAGUCUGUGGCGAUCAAUAUUAAUCAACCAGAUGCAGGAGCUGGAGGUGGUCAACUUGGCCAAAUAUCAUCUUGCUGUGGUUCAUAA